AUGAGGGCGCUGGGGCUGUUGCCUGAAGCAUCACUUGCAGACCAAUUCCAUAGACAUGAGACCGACAUCAACCACCUCUUUGGUGUUGCAUUGUCAAAAGUUGCCUUCCUACCUUUCGCUAUCGUGCUUGACAAGGUCAGCCAACAGCUGCAGUGGGCUGAGUUUCAUCGAGCCAGUUUCGAAGAGGGUCGGCAAUUCGCAUGGCGGGACUUCAGUGAAGCAGCCGUCAGGCGUAUGUUCAGUUUCAUCACCGAGCUCGGCAGGGCAGCUCUACCGCCCCAGGACCUAGAAGAGUAUUCGGAGCUGCUACAGCGCAUGAAGACGCACUACUCGACAGCGCGGGUAUGCCGCUACGAGCCUGAGCCUGCGUCAUCGUCGGAGCUCCAGAACUUGGAACUUCCAGAGGACUUCCAGGACUACGACUUGGAAACUGAAGCCAACAAGACUUGUCUUCCAACCCUCGACCUAGAACCGGACGUGACCCGUAUCAUGGCUACGUCGAGAUCGUCGCGGGAGUUGCGUCACGCGUGGCGUGCGUGGCGGGACGCGGCAGGGGCGCCGCUACGGCCGCUCUACCAGCGCUUCGUGCAGCUCGCUAACGCUGCCGCUACGCUCAAUG